GAAGAGUGGGAGUUCAGCGCGCCGACUCGAGGCGCAGUUGAAGGGGGGACAAGAGUGCGUAUUUCAGUCAUGUUAGCGCCAAGUGCGAGGUCGAGCUUAGAGUCGGGGGCUAGCCCGUGUUUCUUGCACACACACACACCACCACCACUACCACCACCGAACGGGGUGUUUGGAUAGAUCGGCUUGUGUAGUGUGUGUGCUCGCUGUGUCAUGUCAGCGUUGCUUACUUUGUGCUGUGUGGGAUGGAAGGCCUGUUUCGCUCGAUCACCUCCUCUUUAUUCUUUGUUAUUGUGAAUCAGUGUUUGCAUUGAAGGAGGAGGGAAAAAGUUCGCUCGCCCUUCCGGACACUCUUUGGUUUACUGCUACUGCUCGAGGAGAGAUCGAGGGUGUACACAAAAUUAACUCGUUUUUUUUUGGUGUUCGACUGCAAACUCAGGACUGGAUUGGUGAACGCGUGUGUGUGUGCUUAUUGUGGACGGUAAACGUUAUCUCAUAGGGCUUGCCAUUCUCGUUUGAAUUUGAAUUUGAUUCUAAAAGAAAAAUAUUCUGCUUGAACAGCAGCACAAACAGUGACUGUGGAAGUCAAUGGGAUAAUAUAGCAUUAGUCAGUUGGCUCAACUGAUCAGCAGAAAGUUGUGGCUCCUGAACCGCUGUCCUGGUCUGCCAGAGCAGUGGCUUUCUCGCUGACCUGGAGAACCACGGCCCUUACCCGUCGCUGCCCCCUGCCCAGCACCAUCCUCACUUACCUCGGCAGUUACAACAUCCACCACAGCAACAACAACAACAACAGCAGCAGCAGCAGCAUUAUUUCCACAACCACCAAGGUGCCCAGCAGCCACCACCAGCCCCACUGCCUCAGCAAGUACAACAACAACAGCAGCAGCUUCUUUCCCCCGCAUUGGAGCUUCCGUCAUCACAGCAUCGUCCUGGCACCCUCACCGAGCACCCAGCGUCUCUCCCUCCUCAUCCUCAUCCUCCUCUUCCACCACACCACCAUCGGCGACAUCAUUUUCACCAGGGGGCUGCGGCUAGCAUGGGGGAUUUCUUUGCCCCCAAAAGGAAAGAUGUGGUUGACAAGAUCCGCCGACGGAUAGACGUUUACCGUCACCACCACAGCAGCAGCGCGGGACGCUACCACGGUGCCAGGCCGGGCAUCUAUGAACAGCAGAAGCAGGAUACUUUACAGCUACGUCAGCGCUGGCUCGAUAGCAGAGCCAAGAAAGCUGCUAAACAAUCUAAGACGAGCAGGGACAAUAAUAAUAUCCAGAACGACCACAGGAACCUUGUUGUCACU